AUUUCCCCACCUCUAAACCUAAGUUUUCCGCAAGGUGGCAACGGCGGGCGCAGACUAAAAAGACGUACUUUUUUCUAUAUAAUAUUUAAUAUUAGCCAGGAACCAGUGCAAAAAACCGAACAACGCAAUGGCUGCUAGAUUCGUACAGAAAAUUGUCAACGCGACCCCCGCCGCCAGCCGGUCCUACUCCUCCGGCACCAAGAAGGUCACCCUGAUCCCCGGCGAUGGCAUCGGACCCGAGAUCUCCGCGGCCGUUCAGAAGAUUUUCACCGCCGCCAACGUGCCCAUCGAGUGGGAGGCCGUGGACGUGACCCCCGUUCGGGGCGCGGACGGAAAGUUUGGCAUCCCACAGGCGGCCAUCGACUCGGUGAACACGAACAAGAUCGGCCUAAAGGGUCCCCUGAUGACGCCCGUGGGCAAGGGUCACCGCUCGCUGAACUUGGCCCUGCGCAAGGAGUUCAACCUGUACGCCAACGUGCGUCCCUGCCGCAGUCUCGAGGGCUACAAGACGCUGUACGACGACGUCGACGUGGUCACCAUCCGCGAGAACACCGAGGGCGAGUACUCUGGCAUCGAGCACGAGAUCGUCGAUGGUGUCGUCCAGAGCAUCAAGCUGAUCACCGAGGAGGCCUCCAAGCGCGUGGCCGAGUAUGCCUUCCAGUACGCCAAGAACAACAACCGCAAGAAGGUUACCGUGGUUCACAAGGCGAACAUUAUGCGCAUGUCCGAUGGCCUCUUCCUGCGCUGCGUCCGCGACAUGGCCCAGAAGUUCCCGGAAAUCCAGUUUGAGGAGAAGUAUCUGGACACUGUGUGCCUGAACAUGGUGCAGAACCCCGGCAAAUACGACGUGCUGGUCAUGCCCAAUCUGUACGGUGAUAUUCUGUCUGAUAUGUGCGCCGGUUUGGUGGGCGGCCUCGGCCUUACGCCCUCCGGCAACAUGGGCCUCAACGGUGCCCUCUUCGAGUCCGUGCACGGAACCGCCCCCGAUAUUGCCGGCAAGGACCUGGCCAAUCCCACUGCCCUGCUGCUGUCGGCGGUGAUGAUGCUGCGCCACAUGGAGCUCAACACACACGCCGAUAAGAUUGAGCGUGCCGCCUUCGAGACCAUCAAGGAGGGCAAGUACCUCACCGGCGAUCUCGGCGGCCGUGCCAAGUGCUCCGAGUUCACGAACGAGAUCUGCGCCAAGCUGUAGACGACGGAUCUAUGAUCGCCCGCAUAAAACUGAUGCAGGUAUCGCCAACAACAACAAGAAGAACAUCAAGCGAUACAAACAGAGCAGAGAAUACCGCCAGGAAUAUUGUGCAGCGGAAAGAUGAUGCAGUAUGAACAACAGCAAUUAAACACUCGCCCCAAACCAAAAAUAUAUAGCAGCAACAGCAAAACAGAACCACAGCAACAACAACAGCAAAAAAACACUCACUAAACUUUGCCGAAAGUUUCUUACGUUUACCCAUUUUUUUUUAAUUUUUCCAAAAAGUUAGCCUCGUCCCGCAAAACCUUCGAAAAUUUAAAAAAAAAGUUAGAACACUACCUUAAGUAUUUUUAUGUUCGAAUACCUAGGUAUAUUAUUAAAAUUACAUAGGCCAAACUUGCAAGCGUUAAAAUUCGUUAAAUUGCCAAUUUUACUUGCGGUAGUAAAGUAUUUUUGUCGCCAUCCAGCCAAAACCCUGAGUUAUUAUUGUUUAUAUAAUUCGUAUGCAAAGCGAUAAUCUUAAUUAUUUAUUGAUUAUUAAUUUUCUAAUUUGUUUAGCCCUUGAAUUAGGUGAGAUCCCUGCGCAGGCAGCCGACCCACUUAUAGAAAGCAGCAAUUUUGUCAAAUUUGAGGCAAAACGUGUGAAAUAGAAGCCAGACUAGUUGAAAGUUGAAAGUUGAGUGUAAACGGUUACAAUAAUUUUAUUCUAAACAGAACACAAAUAAAACUUAUUCAAACCAAGAGAGAAAUACACAAAUGCUAUGAAAUUGAAAGCAAUUGUUAUUAAUAAUUAAGCGAAUUGUAAUGCAAAAUCAUCAUGCAAUUGUUAAAACUCAAUAAAGGAAACCAAACUAAA